CGAUGAAGCAUCCCAGAUAACAGAACCCUGUGCCCUCAUCCCGCUGGUCAAAGGGACCCAACGCGCGAUCCUAGUUGGCGAUCAGUAAUAUUCACACUUGUGGAAAUGAAGCAGUACUGAUUAAGAGGUCCCGCAGUGUCCAGCUACGCCCGACAGUCAGAAAGCUAGGCAAAGCGCUCGAGUUCGACGUAUCCCUACUUGAGCGCCUAUACACGGGUGACGAGAAACCCGGAAUCUCUAAAACGAUGCUUGACAUCCAAUACCGAUUCCCUCAAGAACUGGCUGAAUUCCCUUCUAGAGAGUUUUAUGAAGGUCGGCUCCGCUCAGGGCUGACUGACUCCUCAGCCGUUCUCUCCGUCCUCACCGAGACGCGCUUCCCGUGGCCGAUGCGCGCACCACCUCUGAACAUACCCACACCCACUGUCUUCAUCCAGUGCUCCACAGAAGAGGACAUGGGCGGUCUCUCCAAGAGCAACGUUGGCCAGGUGGAGGUCAUCCACGAGGCGAUAUCCCUCCUGACUCCGUCCGAAUCGUUAUCCAUCACGGUAUUGUCGCCAUACAGGAAACAGAUCGACGAGCUCAAACACCGGCUCCCUGCGCACGUCACCUGCGCGACUAUCGAUUCGUUCCAGGGGAGAGAGGCCGACGUCAUCGUCUUCUCGUCCGUGCGGGCGAAUGCGGAGCGUGAUAUCGGGUUCGUCGACGAUGCGAGACGGCUGAACGUCAUGUGGACGCGCGCGCGGAAAGCGUUGAUCAUCGUUGGUGAUAGGCAGACUAUGGAGAGCAAUGCGUUGUGGAAAAGGGCGUUGUCGGCUUGCACGGAAGUAGCGCUUGAAAGCGGAUGAACGAUGGGAUUUGAUAUACUUGAUUGAAGAACUGUACUAUAUAAUAAAUGUU